AUGGCCAAACCUUCCGUCGUCCAGAAACAACCCUAUCAGGAGCGUGAUUCUGGGUUGGGAGCACUCAGCCCACAGGAACCAGGCAAAUUAAGCCCUGCGACAUUAGAUAUAGCCAUGGGCAAAUCUGCUGCAGUGGACAUACCCUCAGAAGAAGCAGCUGACCGUACCCAAAAGCGAACUCCCAAAAAGGAUAACACGACAAACUCUGGCCACUGCUGCAGCCAACAGCAGUCACCGGCUAUAGAAAUCCAGCCUGCCUCUGAUUCUGACCCUGUUACUGAAAUGAAUAGCGGGACAAUCACGCCCAGCAAGCCAAAUCAGGAGAGGAAAAUUCUCUCCCUGUCCUCUACAGGUGGUUCCGAUGAAGUUCUUCUCCGACCCAAACCCCCAAAUGUUCCAGAUAGUGCAGCUCCUCCGUUAAAUGGACAGCAGCCUUGCAUAGCCGUCCAAAAUCUAAACAAAAUAUUUAAGGGGAGGAGCUCGACUGCCUUGGAGUGCUCUGACGCCAGUCCCCUGAAUAAAUUCAGAACCAUUAGCUCGUUUAGUGACAAUACUGCUAUGCGGAGAGCACAUACCUUUCUUGGACCACCCAAAUUUCCCCCACUUACUAAACCACGAGAGAAGAAAUGCCCGAUGGUUUUGGAUCCUCCAAGCGAAUCUUUCGUGGGUGCCGGUCGCGAAAAGCAAAAUUGCCUUAGCGACAAACUGGAGCGACUUAAGAGAGAAGAAAAACUGAAAAUUGCCCAGCAGAUCCGCGGCAUUGAUCUCCACGCAAUGAAACAGCCUUCCCCACUUGACUUUGCUCGCCAGGGAGAGGGAAAUGAUCCAACAUCGCCAAUUGCCAAACAAAUUUCCCUUGCUCUUACCAAGCGAGACAAUGCAGUAUUUUCGCAUUUGCGAAAUUAUCCGUCAAACAGGAAUUCGCCCACUGGCGAAGCGCAAGAUCAUGGUGGCUCCUCUGAUAUGGCUGAAUCCCGUACCCGUUUCUCAGGGCGUAAUUCAGAAUCUUCUCAACAAAAGAAUGGAAGUCUGCUUAUUUCAGGAGGUGAUAAUUUUUCUAUGCCAGUAGUGGACUGGCAACACCGCCCUUGGGACACCCACUCAGGUCAGGAAUUUACUCAUAGGUUGAAGAACUGGUUGAAAACAAUUAGUGAAUCGGAUCGUGCCCGGGUUGAUACAGACAGCCCGGAGUUCAACGAUGCACGCUUUCAUUCCAAUGGACGCGGCAUGUUUGCCUCACGAGCAAAGUCACCUAUCUCAUUCCUUGACCUGACUGAUCAAGAAAGUGCUGCACACGCGCACGAAACAGCUAGUGGAUAUAUUCAUAAUUGGAAUACCCGCCUCGUAAAGGAACGACAAGAAGCUAAAUGGAAGAAGAAGAAAAUGGUCAUGCAAAUGCGCCUCAGCCAACAAUACCUCCAAACCCUCACGAUAAGAAUGAAUCCGCACUCCCCAAAGUUAAAUCUGUACCUGCGACCUAUCGAGAAGAAGGACCUGCAGGGUUUGCUUAAACUGUUCAACUGGUAUAUUCAGAACACAGUCCGCUGUGUCGACCUGGAGCCGCUUUCCUUCGGCAAUUUGCAGGAGCGCAUUGACGAAUGUGAGCGGGAUAAAUUCCCAGCUCUCGUUGCUGUCGAGCAGAAGCCACGUCUAGGCCAUGCCCUGAAUGGGGAGGAAGAAAAAAUCUUUGGUUGCAUCCUGGCAAGUGACUUCACAGGUCCCGCCACUAUUAACCGCUACACCGCAGAACUGGAACUUUUUGUCGAACCUAAAUACUGCCGACUAGGCGUUGGAAGUUGCCUCGUUGACAAAUUACUGGAAAUCUGCGAUUCUGACUACCACCCUAACCAGGGGUAUCAUUUCGACUGCGCUGCUGCACAGACUGGUGUGUACCGUGCGGGUAAAAACCGUCAACUCGCCAGAUUAAUAUUCAUUCUCCACCAUGUUGCCAACAACAAUUCUGAUUACCUAUGGACGAAAGAAUGGCUAGAGCGGAAAUUCGGAUUUGAUGAACAAGCCCUAUUGAAAGGCACAGGGAUAAAAGGAGGGAAAUGGUUAAAUUCCAGCUACUUGGUUCGGAACAUCAGGUAUCUUCCCAAAAACGACACCGAGGUGGCGACUUGUAACUUUAUCGAGUCAUGA